AUGGUAGCAACUGCUUGUUGUUCUAUCUGGCUGUUGCAGGCCGGUCGCACUCCACUACAUUACGCUGCAGCUGAUCCAAAUGGUGAGCACAUGAUCAAGGUACUGCAAAAAGCCGGAGGAGACGCGUUCAUCGACGACAAGCACGGUCAUACUCCUUUCUAUUACCGUACCCACGGAGAACGACUGAGUAUAAGGAACAUUAAGGACAACGCCGCUAUGAAUCAACUGAUCUCCGGCCAAUUAAGUCGCACCCUCCUCCAAGAUUUUGAAGAAGACAUUUAUGACUGGACUCACAAUGGAAAUGUUGGGAAACUAGAAGAGUUGGUAGAGGACCCUGACAGUAUCGGUUUCCUGGAAGUGUUACCACAAUAUCAGGCAAAAAUUCAAGCUAUUCACAACGCAGUCGAGUCUGGUAAUCUUCGAGCUGUGAAAAUGCUAACAGAUCGAAAAAAGCUAGCACUUUGUCGUGACACCAGAGGAAUGAGCCCAUUGCAUAAGGCGAUAGUAUUCGACCGUGCUGACAUCGCCAAAUAUCUCAUACGUAGCUAUCCUCACAGUGUGAAUGCGAUGGAUCAGAAAAAGCGGACGCCCCUACAUUAUGCGGCGGCUUAUCGAGAUGGUGGUUACUUGUACAAAAUCAUGCGAAAGAACGGCGCUGAUCCGAAUGUUUACGACUGUGUGCUCCACAAUCGUGUCGCCCCCAGUUAUCUGGAAUCGUCCAUCCAGCAAUGGAUGAGAGACGGCCAGCUCGCUAAGCUUGAGCAGCUCGUUCUUUCAGGUUGUGGUGAUCUUCUCCAAAACAGAACUACCACGAACACCGAAACAGCUAACUUCCUCGAGGUUCUACCAGAGUAUAUGGGUAAAAUAGAGAGUAUCCACUGUGCGAUAAAGGAAGGAGAUCUUGACAAGGUUAAAACACUGAUGACAUCGAAAAAACUGGCGACAGCUAGGGAUCGUUACGGUUGUACACCUUUGCACACAGCUGUCGUCUAUGAGCACACGAAAAUUAUUCGCUACAUCGCCGGUCAUUUCCCUUCCGUCCUGAAUUCACCCGACUAUAAUAAACGUACAUCGAUGCACUACGCAGCAGCGGCACGCGAUGGUGGCCAUUAUCUGAAGAUACUUAGUAAAGCAGGGGCAGACCCGAUGGCCGUGGAUAACGAAGGCCGAACACCAGACUAUUACCGGCGAAACGCGGUGCUUGAUUUAAAAAUGAUGAAAGAUAGAGGUGAAGAAUAUAAAGAGAUGGGUGGAGACGGGCUCGAAGAAACAGUAGCUCUUGACAGUCCCGCAAGCAUCGAAAGUGGAACAGAGAGUUCUGCUGCUGAAUCUGCACGUGCGAAUGAAGAUGACGACGACACAGAUCGUCGUCGAUUCGAACGCAUGGUCCACGGUCGAACCGAUUUGCCCACUUCUGAAAAUGGCAUAUAUCUUGCUCGAACCGUCGCUCCCGUACUUACAAAAGCGCUGGCUGAGGGAGCUACUAGUGGACAGAAUGACGAUUUGAAACUGUGA